AACUGAUGAGACAGAAAAACUGACCAAUCAGGAGUCAGCUCUGGCGUCUCUACAGGACGAGGCUGAAGGCCCCUGUUCGGACUCCCACCUCAGACAGAUCUACACUGACCCCCCCCUCACUCUGACCCCGUCCUUCAGCCCCGAGGUGAGAGAGUAUCGUGCCGAGGUGACCUUUGACACGGUGACAAUUCGAAUCCGGCCGGAGCCUGUCAGUUCAGCCUGUCGGGUUCACCUGGAUGAGCACCGAGGCCCCAGGAUGGCAAACUACCCGGUCGGCCUUGGCAACAGCAGGAUCAGCAUCCUGGUGACGGACGGCGCUGAGACGGAGCCUGCCGUCAUGACCAUCUACACCGUCCACGUGUACCGCGAGAGCCGGCCCAGUCUGCCUAUGUUCGGGGAUCAUGUGACGUGCAGCUUCCUGCAGGACUGUGGUCUGCUGGUCCAGCCCGGUCGGUCCUGCGGUCUCCAGCCUUUCAUCCAGUCUCAGAGUCCACUUCAGACCUGCAACUCGGGACACGUACCAGGUCGGUGGGUGGUUCCGUGUCUCAGCUGUUCUGAUAACAGGACGUGUGAUUGGAGGGAGGUUGCCUGGCAACCUGACAGCUGUUAUCACCCGCUAGUGGACCGCCCCCUUCUGCAGGACUGUAUGACCAACAGGAAGGUUUUGUUUAUCGGCGACUCGACCAAUCGUGGGAUGAUGUACUUCCUGAUGGAGCGGGUGAACUCCAGCCUGGAGGACUGGGGCAAAGCUCACGACACGCUGGUCUACAGGAACCUGAAUGGGGGACGGACCCUCGUCAGCUACUCGUAUUAUCCUCAGUUCUGGCUGCAGAAGAACCAGAGACCCACGUUCAGACAGGCUCUGCUGCAGCUGCUGGACAGGUCACGACCUCUGGUGAACUCAAACCUGACAGUUCUGGUGGUGGGUGGAGUGCAGUGGCUCAACACGGAUCACCUGAAGACGGUCCGAGAGGUGCUGAACAGAGAGUCUCUGGGUGACGUCCUGGUGGUGGUGAAGUCUCUGGGGAUGGGUUUCCACCUUCCUGUAGACGGGAUCCGGUCUCUCAGUCUGAAGGAGAUCCAGAAGCUCUACAGGGAGAACCGUAACAUCAUCACCACAGCAAAGCAUUAUGGGUACGAGGCAAUUGACACAUUCAGCAUCACAAUGGGUCGGUACAAAGAGUUCCUGCAGGGGCGGUGUGGCUGCCACUUUCACGAGGUGGAGAAGCUUCAGUCCCCCAGGCCUAUAGACGAAACGACGUCCACAACCAACAGAACCAAAUCCACCAGACCCGGACCUGGACUCAGCAGCCAAUCAGCUGUGCCGGACCCAGACCAAGAGGCAUGGCCUAAAGCCUCAUCCUAUCACGUGAGAGGACCAGUGAACCAGGUGUACUCUGAGAUCCUGCUGAGUCGCCUGUGUCCCAAAACCAGAAACUAAACACCUGAGAGUGUGUGUGUGAGAGACUCACCUGUCUCAUCCACCUGCAGCAGGCUCUCGUGGUGGGGGGGGGGGCAGAUGAAUAAAACAGUCAAAAGAAAUCUCGAGGGAUAAAAAAGACUGAAAGCUGAACAUUUUCCUGUUUUUCUUCAGGACUCAGGUGACUGUACACCUGACUGCUUUAUCUUCAGCAUAAAACGGGCUCUUAAAGUGACACAGCAUAACGAAGAUACUAACCUUCCAGUGUUUAAGGUCCAAGUCGAAAUGAUUAAGUAUCUGAAACUGUUUCUUUAUGUAAAAGAAAAAUAUAAUUUACAAUUGUUUCUCCAAACCAACAAGAACUUCUUCUUUUCAUUGUGAGACAGAUUUCCAUCUUUCCUCUAAUCUGCUGCAAGUUACUGAUGCAAAAACUUUAUUUUGUGUACUUAAUACUUUUUACUGUGUACUAAUUACUUUCCACUGUGAACUAACUACAUUCUGAUAUGUAGUAACUGGUUUAUAAAGCGCACUAGGUAGUUUCAAUCUUAAUUAACUUGUAUAAUGUGCAGCAAUAAGUUUCUCUAUAAUGUGCUCCUGUUUGUAGUUCACACCUGCUAGUUACCAAAGGCUACCAGCUGCUAUGUACUGUGUAACAGUUAGUUUCUAAUGCUAACAGUUAGUUUCUAAUGCUAACUGUUAGUUUCUAAAGCUAAAUACUAAUUUCUAAUGCUAAAUGCUAGUUGUCAAUGCUAUACAGUUAGUUUCUGAUGCUAAACAGUUAGUUUCUGAUGCUAAACAGUUAGUUUCUGAUGCUAAACAGUUAGUUUCUGAUGCUAAACAGUUAGUUUCUAAUGCUGUUAGUUUCUAAUGCUAAAUGUUAGUUGUUAAUGCUAAACAGUUAGCUUCUAAUGCUAACUGUUAGUUUCUAAUGCUAACCGUUAGUUGUUAAUGCUAAACAGUUAGCUUCUAAUGCUAACGGUUAGUAUGUAAUGCUAACUGUUAGUUUGUAAUGCUAACUGUUAGUUGUUAAUGCUAAACAGUUAGCUUCUAAUGCCAACGGUUAGUUUCUAAUGCUAAAUGUUAGUUGUUAAUGCUAAACAGUUAGCUUCUAAUGCUAAUGGUUAGUUUGUAAUGCUAAAUGUUAGUUUGUAAUGUUAACAUUUAUCUUCUAAUGCUAACGAACCUCAGCUAUUGUAGUGUCCAUCAGCUGGUUUCUAAUGUACACCAGCUAGUGUUUAAUCUGCUCUAACUAAUUUAGUGCUACUUUCUUAUGUGUAGGGGAGACCGGGGGCAAUUGUAACAUAUUUUACAUUUUCCUUAAUAACUCACAAACUACUUGAGAUACACUCAUCAUCUUUUGUUUCAAGAAACACAUAUAUGUGAACUAAUUAAUGAUACAAUUGAUAUAUUUUCACUUAUAAGAACAAGACUAAAAUAUUUAAUUAAAUGCAAGAAGUCAGAGUGCGGGGGCAAUUGUAACACUGAAAAAUAAGUCAUAUUAAUCCACUGCAUCUCA